AAACGUUUGUUUAUGUAUAAUAAUAUAUAUAGAUAUUUAUCAUUGAUUAGUAGGAGGCGAACUUUAUGUUAAAUAAGAGAACAACAGAAGUAUACGCUUUAGGUCAACAUAUAUCUAUGUCUGCUCACAAAGCGCGAAGGGUAAUUGAUCAAAUUCGUGGGCGUUCCUACGAAGAAACACUUAUGAUAUUAGAACUCAUGCCUUAUCGAGCAUGUUAUCCAAUUUUUAAAUUAGUUUAUUCUGCAGCAGCAAAUGCUAGUUUCAAUAUGGGUUCGAAUGAAGUAAAUUUAGUCAUUAGUAAAGCUGAAGUCAAUGAAGGUACUAUUGUGAAGAGAUUAAAACCUCGCGCUCGAGGGCGUAGUUUUGCGAUACAAAAACCUACCUGCCAUAUAACUAUUGUAAUGAAAGAUAUAUCCUUAGAUGAAUAUAUAGAUACCGACUCUAUUACAUGGUCACAAAAACCUAAAUCGAAAAAAAGCAUACAACUAUGUCGUAUUAUGAUAUGUAUAGUAAUGGGGGAACAUGGGACAAAAAAUAAAUCCAAUUGGUUUCAGACUUGGUACAACCCAAGGUCAUCAUUCCCUUUGGUUCGCACAACCAAAAAAUUAUUCUGAGGGUCUGCAAGAAGAUAAAAAAAUAAGAACUUAUAUCCAGAAUUAUGUACAAAAAAAUAUGAAAACAUCUUCUGGCGUCGAGGGAAUUGCACGUAUAGAGAUUCAAAAAAGAAUCGACCUGAUCCAAAUCAUAAUCUAUAUGGGAUUUCCAAAAAUCUUAAUUGAAAGUCGACCCCGAGGAAUCGAAGAAUUACAGAUGAAUUUACAAAAAGAAUUUCAUUCUGUAAAUAGAAAACUUAACAUUGCUAUCACACGAAUUGAAAAGCCUUACGGAAACCCUAAUAUUCUUGCAGAAUUUAUAGCGGGCCAAUUAAAAAAUAGAGUUUCUUUUCGCAAAGCAAUGAAAAAGGCUAUAGAAUUAACUGAACAAGCAGAUACAAAAGGAAUUCAAGUGCAAAUUGCAGGACGUAUCGACGGAAAAGAAAUUGCGCGUGUUGAAUGGAUCAGAGAGGGGAGGGUUCCACUACAAACCAUUCGAGCUAAAAUUGAUUAUUGUUGCUAUACAGUUCGAACGAUCUAUGGGGUAUUAGGCAUCAAAAUUUGGAUAUUUAUAGACGGGGAAUAAUAAACCUUUAUUCCUUUUGCAUUCUAUCCAGCGAUGGAACAAAAAAUGAGAAAUUCGUUUCUUCUUUUUAUUUUGUGUUCAAUAAAAAAAAAUGAACAAUUAUAAUUCUAUAGGGUUGAAUAAAAAUUCAAUUAAUCUUUUGAUAAAAUUGCUAUGCUUAGUGUGUGACUCGUUGGUUUUUUGAGGGUUAGUAUAAAAAACCAGCCCCACGGUAUAAACAAAUAACUAUAGAAGUAAUAACCAACUCAUCACUUCGUAUUAUCUGGAUCCAAAGAAUCAGUCAAGAUAUGAUAUAUUGUUCAUAUUGUUGUAGCAACUGAAAUCUUUUUUUAUUAUUUAUUAAAAAAUAUGCUUCUAAGUUGUCAAUCGAAAUAAAAAAGAAA